AUGUGGGAAGGGUCACUUUUCCAAUUUUCGUGCCUUUGUUUCGGUUUAUCAUCCGCCCCCUGGACCUUCACAAAGAUCCUUAAACCCGUAGUGGCCUCGCUAAGAAGGAGGGGGAUCCGAAUUGUAAUCUAUUUGGAUGAUUUUCUCAUCCUCAACCAAACCAAGGAGGGGGCAGAGCGGGAUUUCAUACUUGUAGUAGAAAUAUUAGAGAAAUGUGGGUUUUUGAUUAACUGGGAGAAAUCUGUGGGCGUGGCCGCACAGGAAAGAGAAUUUCUGGGACUUUUGGUUAACUCCAAGGAGUUAUCCGUCUCUCUCCUCCCCAAGAAAAUAGAGCAAAUCAUUGAGAUUUGUCGCAAAGCCCGCUCAACCAUCGACAUCUCAUUAAGGGAGGUGACGAAAAUUCUAGGUAAUUUAGCUUGGGCGAUCCAAGCUAUUCCGUUUGCCCAGGGGCACUAUCGAAACAUCCAGUGGCUUUACAUCACGCAAUCAGCAAGGGCAGGAGGAAAUUUAUCCACAAAAAUUCAGCUGGAUGAAGAGUCGAGGGCUGAGUUGCAUUGGUGGUCAAACAACGUGCGUGAGUCCAAUGGCAGGACAUUUUCUGUGCGUGAUCCCGAUUUAAUCAUUUUUUCUGACACCUCCCUUUCGGGGUGGGGCGCCUCCUUGAAUGACGCCAGUGCCAAAGGGCCAUGGGCGGAUCAAGAUCGUUUGCACCACAUAAACGAGCUGGAGCUGAUGGUGGCCUUAUUCGCAUUAAAAUCAUUUACAAGCAUGGCGUCUCAGGUAUCGGUGAGGCUCAUGAUGGAUAACGCAACGGCAGUCCAUUAUGUUAAUAAUUCGGGAGGCUCCAGGUCACAGAGACUGUGUAGGAUUAGCCAGGAGAUAGUGGCGUGGUGUGUGCGACGCUCAAUCACAAUUAACGCUGAAUAUCUGCCGGGGACGCAAAAUGUUGUUGCAGAUCGCCUAUCAAGAGCAGGCCAGGACUCGAGCGACUGGAAACUCAACCCGUUCGUCUUCAGUCACCUGAGAGCUCGUUGGAGCCUAAGGGUAGACUUGUUCGCAUCGGCCUGGAACAGACAGCUGGACCAGUUCGUCAGUUGGGGCCGGCAACCGGACGCAAUGGCGGUAGACGCCUUCAGCCUGGGCUGGGCGGGCGUAAAUGACUACGCAUUUCCCCCAUUUUGCCUGAUUCAGAGAUGUCUGAUGAAAUUGUUGAGAGACCGAGCGGAGCUCACGUUGGUGACCCCCUUUUGGCCAGCGCAGACCUGGUUCCCGCUGCUACUAGAUCUAGCGUGCGAGCCGGCCCUAGUUCACCCGAGAGAACAGUUGUUACUGGGCCCAGCAGGCCAACCACACCCGCUGUCGGAAUCGCUCCUGUUGGUCGCCUGGAGAUUUUCCGGAGACAAUUCGAAAGCAGCGGCCUUUCGAGCCGAGUGGUCGAACUCCUCAUGGGAGGGUCGCGCAACACCACAUCAACUGCCUACCAGUCCGCGUGGAGUAAUUGGGGUGAUUGGUGUGUUCGAGAGGAGACCAAUCCCAUGUCGCCUCCUAUAG